AUGAGGCUCGCCACAUCCCUCGUGCUAGGCGCCGCCUCGACGGCCCUAGCCUUCGACGCCCAAGUACGCCUGGGCGCCGGCAACGCCCCCGUCGACAAGAAGCCCCUCAACGCCUGGGACACGAUCCAGCAGGCCAUCACCAAGGCCGGGUCCGAGGCCAAGGCGCUCUGGGACGAGGUUUCCCUCCUCGCUCCCGACGCCGUGGCCGCCUUCAAGUCGUCGGCCCUGUCGUACAAGCCUAAGCCGGCGAACCGUAGGCCCGAUAGCGCGUGGGACCACGUCGUCAAGGGCGCCGAUGUCGAGAAGAUCUGGAUGGCGGGCGGCGAGAGGGCCGUUGGAGGGCAGCUCGGUGCUUAUAAUCUUAGGGCGAGGAAGGUGGAUCCUUCGGUUUUGGGGGUGGAUAGUGUGAAGCAGUAUAGCGGUUAUCUUGAUGAUAACGAGAACGACAAGCAUCUCUUCUACUGGUUCUUCGAGUCCAGGAACGAUCCCAAGAAUGACCCCGUUGUCCUCUGGCUCAACGGUGGUCCCGGCUGCUCUUCGCUGACUGGUCUCUUCCUCGAGCUCGGCCCCGCGAGCAUCGACAAGAACAUCAAGGUUGUCAACAACCCCUUCUCGUGGAACAACAAUGCCUCCGUCAUCUUCCUCGACCAGCCCGUCAAUGCCGGAUACUCGUACAGCGGCUCGUCCGUCACGGACAGUGUCGCCGCCGGCAAGGACGUCUACGCUCUCCUGAGCCUCUUCUUCCACGAGUUCCCAGAAUACGCGAAGCAGGACUUCCACAUUGCCGGCGAGUCCUACGCCGGACACUACAUCCCCGUCUUCGCGUCGGAGAUUCUCUCGCACAAGAACCGCAACAUCAAUCUCAAGAGCGUGCUGAUCGGCAAUGGUCUCACCGACGGAUACACCCAAUACGAGUACUACCGCCCCAUGGCCUGCGGCGAGGGAGGUUACCCUGCCGUCCUCAGCGAGAGCGAGUGCCGCUCUAUGGACAACGCCCUCCCGCGCUGCCAAUCGAUGAUCAACAACUGCUACAAGUCGGGCAGCGCGUGGUCGUGCGUUCCCGCAAGCAUCUACUGCAACAACGCCAUGAUCGGCCCUUACCAGAGGACAGGCCGCAACGUCUAUGACAUUCGCGGCGAGUGCGAGGACAACUCCAACCUCUGCUACCGCGGGCUUGGCUACGUCUCAGAGUACCUCAACCGCGCCGACGUCAUGGAGGCCCUCGGCGCCGAGGUGUCCAGCUACGACAGCUGCAACUUCGACGUCAACCGCGGCUUCCUCUUCGCCGGCGACUGGUUCCAGCCUUACCACCGCCUCGUGCCCGAGAUCCUCAAGGAGAUCCCCGUGCUCAUCUAUGCCGGCGAUGCUGAUUACAUUUGCAACUGGCUCGGCAACCAGGCGUGGACGGAGCAGCUCGAUUGGCAGGGCAAGAAGGGUUUCAACGAUGCCGUCAUCGAGGACCUUCACGUUUCCGGCAGCAGCGAGAAGGAGGAGUCGUAUGGUAAUGUCAAGACGAGCGGAAACUUUACUUUCAUGCAGAUUUAUCAGGCGGGACACAUGGUGCCCAUGGAUCAGCCUGAGGCGUCUGUUGACUUUUUCAACCGCUGGCUCGGCGGUGAGUGGAAUGCUUAA